CCCUGGACCCUCCCCUCCUGGUAGAGGCUGAAGGUCAGGAGCAAGGAGGGGGGAGUGUCUUCCAGAUGACAGAAUUUCUGAGGCAGUGAAGAGGUCGGGGAGACGACCUCAGGCACCUUCGCUUCCUGCAGAAAAUGGCCAAAGGGAGACGCUUCAACCCAGCUUUAGAUAAGGACGGAAGAUGGUUCCCUCAGAUUGGACUAACACAGAAGACACCAGAAUCCAGCACAAGCGCUAUGUUAAAGGAGCCCCACCACCCACAUUUGUCUCGGCAAGUGGAGGGGAAGCUACCACCAAUCUACAAAGUUCGGGAGAAGCAAGCAGUAAAUAACUUCCCCUUCUCUGUACACGACAAUCGGCACAGCCUGCAGAGCUCGGGGUGCUACCUGGACUCGGGCCUGGGACGGAGGAAGAUCUCCCCAGAGAAAAGGCAACAUGCUUCAAGAAAUUUCAAUCUCUGGGCGUGUGACCAUAUUCCAUCUUGUCUUGACGGCUUUUCAAAUAACCAGAUAUCAUAUGUCUAUCGAGAAGUUGUGGUGCUCCCAAUUUUCAGACGCUUCCCAAGACAUUAUAAUGAGAUAUGGAAGUCUUUUAAAUUUAUUCCUCGGAAAAGCUAUACAGAGUUUUUGAAAAAGACUCCAAAAGUAAAGUUUGCUAUUGACAAAAAUGUUGGUUCUUCACUGGAGCCCUAAUCCUUCCAGAAGGUUAUGGAUG